GAAGUAGUAGACGGAAGUGAACAGUGACCAAGAACGCUUUCCACGUUAGCGUUUCUUUUGUUAUUUAGACAUUUAUUAACACCUUGGAACUCAAAAUAUGAUUCAUUUAACUGCACAGCAUCACUUUAUGUACCCCGGGUAGUGUUUAAUUAGCGUUGAAGACAGGACUUGGUUGAUAUAGGUGAUAUAGUUAACGCUAGGUAACGUUAGCUAACAAUGGCUACCUGUAACUCUAAUGUUAUGGUUUUUCACACUCAAAUGGCCUCCAUCAUGGAGGUGCUAGCAAAUGCAGCCGUUGCAGAAAUCUGUAAACUCGUAGAUGACGACUAUGCAGUGUUUCGUUUGGAAAUGACUCAAAGCCAGAAAGAAAACAGGGCAUUGCGGAGGAAACUACAGCUACUUGAACUGAAGGUGACACGGGAGCGCGCAGAGAGGACAACGCGAGAGCGCGUCCUCGCCAGUCGUCCCAGUAGUGUCAAGAUCCUCGACCGAUACAGAGGAAUGGCAAGAGGUGAAGGACAUCUCACUGGAGGCCACAUGAGCUUUGUGAAGCCUGCAGGACACAAAACAUGGAGAGAUGACCAACCCAUACCUAUAGAUGAGGGGAGUGGAACCUCAAACCAGCAUGUUAUUGUGAUCGAGUCUGCAGAUGCAGAGGCUGCAGGUCCUGGAGGAUCGUCUUUGGUCAAGCAGGAAAGGACUGAAAGAGAGCACCGUCGACACAGCAGAGACAUCCAGAUUGUGGCGGCUGGAGUAGCGCCCCCUCUAGCCACAGAGGACCUCAUCACCGCGCCCCAGCCCAUGGCCCUAUGCAGCAUCACGGAGGAGGAGGAGGGUCCAGAGGUGCUGCUGGUGAAGGAGGAGGGGUGUGAGGAGGGUCUGGGGAACCCUGAGUUGACCAUGGUCAUGGAGGACAACCAGACUACACCACCUCCUGAACCCACAGAGGAACCAGCUGAGCAGCACAGGACCACAUACAGUCUCACUGAGUCAGUAGACAUAGAGGAUGGGAAGCCUGAUCUGCUGCUGGUCAAAGAGGAGACAGUAGAAGACGGACCAGAGAGCAUUGAUCUGCUGAGUGGACUAAAGAUGGGGGAUCAAGGUAGUUGGCUGGAGGCUAACAGGGGAGACUGGGCAGCCAUCUUGAAUUCCCAGACCCAGACGGGUGCAGUCAAGGACCCAGGGGACAACAUCACUGAGCAGGGCAGAACCGGAGGCGACAUAGUGGAGGUCAGUGGAUGGGACAGCAUCCUCAACUCUGGACUUGGGAACAACACUGUUAACCACAACCAGAAACAGACAUGCGAACACGAAACAACAGCUGAACUUAGUCUGUAUGACAACAGACUGUCUGAGACCAGGGAGGGGCGUAGAUUUGGUCUGCAAGGACGGGGACGUGUCCGUAUGCAGCGGGAGAGAACAGACACAGACUCGGCUAGCGAUGCUCCGUCAUGCUCCUAUAGUUGUGAUUCAGAGAGAUUGAUGACGCCUCAGGUUAACCCCCUAACAGGUGCUGCCUUCAGCCUGCCUUCUAUAGGAUCUAUCAACUGGAACAUGGACCCUGCGAAAACACAGACCCUCCCUGGCCUUCAUCCUCCUCACACUCUCCGUAUGUUAAACCAGACCUCAGACAAUGCCAGUGCUUCAACACUAAAUGGCUACACAAACCCAUUGACAAAUGACAUUAGUGGUGACGCUAUCAUCAUAUCCGGUGGCAAAGAGAAGCACUUCUCAUGUUCGUUCUGUGGGAAAGCCUUCAAUUUCCGCAAACAGCUGGAGAUCCACCAGAGGACGCACACGGGGGAGAAACCUUUCGGCUGUCACCUGUGCCGAGCCAGUUUCUCCCACUCGUUCACCCUGAAGAGGCAUCAGCGGGUCCACACAGGGGAGAAACCCUAUACCUGCCCUCACUGUGAGAAGAGGUUCUCCCACCAGCACCAUCUGAAGAGGCAUUUGAAGGUCCAUACGGGAGAGAGGCCGUUCGCCUGCACUCAUUGUGGGAAGAGGUUCUCAGACAGAAGCUACCUCAGGAUACACCAGCAGAAAAACCAUUCCCAUCUAUAACAUAGAAAGUAACUACUCCACUUGAUAGCUACUGACGUUUAGAUCAGACCAUGCAUCAGACUGUAUUUUUUGUUGUCAGCAGAAAAGAUCCACAAAUGCAUUUGGAAUAACAAGAGUAAUCGAUUUCAGAUUUUCAUCUAGACUUGUACAGUGCCUUCAAAAAGUAUUCAUAGCCCUUGACAUUUUCCACAUUUUGUUAUGUUACAAAGUGGGAUUAAAGUGGAUUUAAUUGUACUUUUUACCUUAACAAUCUACACAAAAUACUCUUUAAUGUCAGUGUAAGAACAAUUCUAGUAUUUGUAAAACAUUUAUGAAAAAUAAAACAUUAAUAUACUGUA